AUGCAUCCAGCCAAGAGAAGGAAGCUGGAUCAGCCUCAGCCAUUCCAAAACAAACCUUUCCGCUCACCGCUUCGUGCAGUAUCCAAAGCCCAUUUACAACAAACGAGGGGACAAUCGCAAGACCUAGGCACAUCCAUUGGCGUCAUACCUCAGCUGACGCCAUUGCUAAACAAUACAGACUGCUUGAAUUCUUCCACAGAUUCUCAUGAGUCGAUUUCCACUCUUCAUGUAGGGUCCGCCUGUGUCAAACCUGCAGACCUCCAGAAACAAUGCACUGCGUUAUCCAUUCGACUGAGUCAGCUGCGGCAAUCUCUUGAGAAGGCAGAUCAAGCUCUUCACAUCGAGGAGUCUGGUCAGGGUACCGAAUUGAAGAAGCUAAUCGUCAAAUGGCGAGCAGUCGCUCAGGAGGCUGCGGACGAGCUCUUCGCCGACGCGAGAGAGAGAAUCGAGGGAAUGGGUGGUGUAGAUGCCUGGCGACGGCAGGCCGACCAAGACUCACGACAUUGGAAUUUCGACGAGAAGGAGCUUCUGCCACAAAAACAUAAGCAAUUGGCAAGUGAUUCUGCGUCCACGGAGGACUGCCUGGCGAUUGAUGAGAACAGACUGUCUGAACCUGAGGGGGACGACGACAACUCAUUCACAAUGGAUACGAUGCUACAUCAGAUGAACAUUGAUUUGCAAGCCAUUGGCUUUGAUAAGCACCUCGAGAAGUGGAUGGACUGA